GGGGUAGGGGGACGGGGCCGGGCGCACCGGGCUCACAUGCCGGCGCCACGGAGGCUGUCUAAAUCUCGUGAUCCUCUCCGCAUCCCUGCGCGAGCGCGACGCAGGCACACGCUUGACCUCCCCGACGGCCUCCGCCUCCGUCUCGACGCGCGGCGCAGGUGCGUAGGACGGUAGGAGUCUGCUAUGGCCGACGAGAAGAAGGUGUUUGGGUUCGAGGAGGUCGCCAAGCACAACGUCACCAAGGACUGCUGGAUCAUCAUCGCCGGCAAGGUUUAUGAUGUCACUCCCUUUAUGGAUGAGCAUCCUGGUGGAGAUGAGGUUUUGCUAGCUGUAACUGGGAAAGAUGCUACGGCUGAUUUUGAAGAUAUUGGCCACAGUGAUUCAGCAAGGGAAAUGAUGGAGAAGUACCACAUUGGGCAGAUUGAUGCUUCAACCAUCCCAGCAAAGCGUACUUAUGUGAAUCCCCAGCAAGUGCCCCGCAACGUGGACAACGAUAGCGACCUCCUCAUCAAGAUAUUGCAGUUCCUCGUUCCCAUUCUGAUCCUGGGCCUUGCGUUUGGUAUCCGGCAAUACACCAAAUCAGAGUAGCAUUGCUCUUAGUGAUUUACUUAUGUGAAAUGAUUUGUAUGAAAGCAGUUCAAUAAUUUUGUGGUGUAUUUGUCAGGUUGAAGAAUGUUAUCGAUCAUAAGGUACUCUGUGUUAUGAACAUCCAUAUUUGUGGCCAAGUGUGUUACCCCGAGAUGAUAUCUGAAGCUUCCUUGAAAGCCGACAUCAUAGUUGCAA